UCCACCUUAUCCAACUGAUAACGUCGGCAAAGUUUUUGAACUUAUACAAUUCAUGAAAAAAAGAUGAACUCCAUUAUUUAUAUAAAAGCAAAAAAAGUGAUUUGAAAUUCGACAGUCAACAUGAAGUGGUUUAUUCAUUUUUUAACCAUCCUGGAGAUUUACCAUAUUGAUUGUUACCAAUUAAUUGGAAAUUUGCGGGAUGUGAAUAACAGUUUGGAAGUAAUAAACCCUCGAUCGUUCCUGAUUUUUCCAGGUACAAAAUGGUGCGGUGAAGGUAAUAUUGCAGAUAAUGAAGAUGAUUUAGGAGUUUUCGCGGAUACCGAUAAAUGUUGCAGAACUCAUGACAUGUGCCCUGAAACUAUUGCUGGCUAUGAAACCAAGCACAAUCUCACAAAUCCGAAUUUUUUCACGAGAUUGCCGUGUGAUUGUGAUCUGAAAUUUCACGAUUGUUUGAAAAAUGCUGACAGCGAAGUAUCUAAAAAAAUUGGGAUAUUAUAUUUCGAUAUUAUUGGGACCCAGUGCUAUAAAGAAGAUUAUCCUAUUAUAAAAUGCGCCAGUUACACCAAUUUUCUACAUUUGAAGUGUUCAAACUAUACACUAGAUGAAACAAAGGAGAAGGUGUAUCAAUUUUUUGAUGUACCUGAUUUCUGAUAUGAUAUUACAAUACACAAAAGAAAGAUUAUUCUUUAGACAAAAAUUUAAAUCAAUA